ACGAGCACGAUAUGCAACAUCACCAAGCGCUCAAUCGGUGACGUCUGAGUCUUAAGGUCGGUCAAAAAUGGGGUGUCUACAGAUACCUCCCGGUUAUGGAUUCUGUUGGAAGGUCCUUUCUAUAGGACCUGGUAUCUAGGGGAGUGCUUUGUACACCAGACCCUAGGCCUCGCUGACCCCAUUGUUCUUACUAUCCCUCCUCCAUCGAUGAGGACCACAGAUAGUCUUCCUAUCGAGGCUAUAGUGACAUUAUUGGCGGAACAGGAUGCUGAUCUAUUCUGUGGAGUCGGGGACUACACUGCCUUCAUUCGGACCCAUCUUAUGGCGCCUCUGACCAAAGUUCACGAGGGUGGCACUACUGAUGCACCCGCCACUAGAGGUGCCGCUCCUAUGGUUGAGCCUGAUGCUAGAGGCACUGCCCCUGCUGUUCAUGUGGCCUAUCUUCAUACGAUCCCGACGGCGAUCACAUACUAGCGACUAAAUGGGACAGCACACUAGAUUCCACUUCAGCACCUGGAGGAGAGCGAGUAUGUUCAGGACCCUGAUGUCUAGCAGGUAUACACUUUAUCUUACAAUUUUGUAUUUCAUAUUCCCUUUUUUCUAUACGCUGAUUUUCACACUCACUUAUAGAUACAAGUGGGUUACGUGGAUGGUCUCCUUGAGUUGGUCGACUCCUUGGUCCAUAUGGUGCGGAGGAAUGAGGCAUUGUAUGCCUACCACGAUCAUCAGCCUCCGCCUACACCAACAGCAUCUGUGGCACCUCCUUCAACUAUGGAGAAGAGAAACAGAUGGGUCCCCACACGCGACAGGGGUGAGGGCAAAGAUGCCGAGAGUCAGAAUCAGAGUAGAGAUAGUGAGUCCCUUAUACAGGGGGCUUUCUCAUCUGUAGAGACGACCUUGACCGAUGAGGACACUGAGACCAGGGACACCGAGGAGAUUGCAAGUGAGCACUCUGAGUCUGAGGAUGGAGAUGAUGAUUUUGGCUCAGAGUCACAUCCUUCUGGUGAUAGCGGCGCCAACGGUGAUAGUGAUCUUGAAUCUCGUCCUCGAAAAAGGACAAAGAUUGCUUCCCGAUGCACCUGACAUAGAGGACACUGAUCUUGCACUCCACUUUUCCUUUUCUUUUGCUUUGUAGUACAAAAAUCACGUAGCUUCAGAUAGGUCCUUUUACUGUUGCUUUUUGAAAACUUGCAUUUUCUUUUGUAAAAAUGAUGAUCAAGGUUGAACCCUAUAGUUUAUGAAAGAAAGAAUGUUGUUUUACAUAGCAUCUUGAGAA